AUGCUAUUUUUCGGCGCUAUAAAGAAAACGUCGGCAGUCACGUCUAUCGUGUUGAGCACAAACGGGCUUGGAUUGCUGUGCAUGUUACUGAGAAGAAUGGCGUUUGUGAGGGACACAGUUAGAUGUUACAACAGCUUGUCCGAAUGGCCAGUGGAAAUGCCGGUACGAAAAUCGUCAAUUGUAAUUCUGUACGCCAGCACAGUGGCAGUACUAAUUGAAUUCGUCGGAGAUAACAUCGAUAGACGCAUGAAAAACAAGCCCAUGAACUUGGACAACAUUACUACAUAUGCGUUUUUGGGCUUCGAAAUGCAACUUAUUCACACGUUCCACGUGAUUGGUCGGUUGUACAGCGAUUUAAACGACUACGUCGAGUCGGGCCUAAUCGACGACUUGGAACGGAUACGUCAAUCUCGAAAAAGGAAUCUCGUGUUGUACACUUUUUGCAAAAAAUUCAAUUCUCACUACAACAUAGACUUGAUCAUACUGUUGUCGUGCUACCAACUAUACGUGCUGUUGGUGUUGUUUAAGCUCAUGAAUAACAUGGCCACGAGUAUUGGAACGGAAAAUUUUUCUUACAACUUUGUAAACCUGAAAGUUAUUAUCAGAAUAAUACGUAUGACAAGAUUAUUUGUGGUUUUUAUUUACCUAAUAGAGUCAAGUUCUUAUUUACACAACAAGAGCGUUUUUACAUUUUAUCAUAUACUACGCAAUAGAGUGAAUUGUCUGAAGCAUCAAACCAAAGAACAGGUAACUUAUUAA